ACAGUGACGACGACAUGCAUGCGCCGGAGGUUCAACAGCAAGCUCCCCAACUCAACGCUGACAGUCUUGCAAGUACUUAUUGAAGUAUAUAUUGAAUUGUGUUGCAAUUAGGUCAUUUAUAUCGUAUAAUGGUUCGACUUUAGUAACAGUUCAUUAAUACUGGGAAAGUUUGCGAAAUAGGGGCAAGACACAGCGUGCGUUUUUUUUAUAUCUGAAGUAGCUAGCAAGUCAACGUGAAUAGAGGACAACAUGGUGUAUUCUUUCAUACUGAAAGUUGUGAAGCGCAAUUUGCAUCAAUAUCAAACACUGUCAACGCAAUCCGUUCUGCGAAUAUGUAAAUGCAUGCAGAACAAUUUGCACCUUCAGAAACCGUCUACUGCUACAUCCAGAUUCAUUUUCUAUAGGACUGCAAAUCGCUCACCUAUUGUGAGCGAUAUAUUUUGUACACGGAGUCGAAGCAUUUCUGUCGACACAAGAUUGAGGAGUAAAGGAGAAGAGAAGGAUGGUGGACAGGUGUCAGUACCGAGGAAAGGACCUUCUACUGCACAUAAAGUAAAGGAAGCUGGCAAAGACUUUACCUACCUCAUAGUGGUGCUGAUUGGACUUGGAGUAACAGGUGGCUUGUUGUAUGUGGUGUUCCAGGAGCUGUUCUCCUCCUCCAGCCCCAACAAGGUCUACAGCAAAGCCUUCAACAAAACCAGGUUACACCCAGAGGUGAUUGGAGUGUUCGGGGAGCCAAUCAAGUGCUUCGGUGAAACAUCCCGCCGAGGUAGAAGACAGAAAAUCAGUCAUGUGGAGUACAUGAAGGAUGGACUGAAGCACAUGAGACUGAAGUUCUACAUCCAGGGAGAAGAACCAGGCCGGCAGGGAACUGUGCACACAGAAUCUAAAGAGAACCCUGAAACUGGAAAGUUAGAGUUCCGCUACAUCUUUGUGGAAGUAGACACUUACCCCAGGAGAACCAUUGUCAUUGAGGAUAACAGAUAAGAUGGGGACUGAUUCUCUGACCCGGUCUGAAGAGGUGCUGCAGCUGUCUAGCAUCACUCAGAUUAUGUAGGCAAUGCAUCACUUUGUUGAUGAACUUGUUUGUUUCAAAAAGUUUUUCAACAAAUGCCAAUAAAGUUUUAUACAGUCUAUCGGUGGUUAAACCCAAUAAUAAUUAUUGAUGGAACCAAGUUCCUAUAUCUUCUUGUUUAGUAUGAGUUUCAGUGUUCGACACACUUGCACAGAUUUGUUGGGUGAUUUAGAAAAUGGAGUCAAACAAUGAUUGAUGGUAAGCAAAACAGAUCACUCUACUGCCAUUGCUGACUUUUCUGAGGACAAUUUCUUUAUUUUUGAGAACUGAGUUAGUGAGGGCGAAGGAUGAUCUCUUUUUGACGUGGCUGUUCCCUUCUGAAUGCCAAUGACUGGUGUUUUAAAUGAGCAAUAAUUUGAAGCUAUGCCGUUUUAAUGCUCCAUAGGAUAAACGGCUUCUCUAAAGAAUGGUUUACUUUUGUUGCGAAAUCACGGAAACGUAAUGCUGUUAAAGAAAAGCAUCUGAUGCAGAGAUGUUAUGUGUAUUGACAGUGAAAAUGUUCAAUGUCUUUGUUCAUGAAUCUACUACACUGAUUUGAGAUAUGGAUAAACGUUAAAGAUUUUGAAUUAAGACACCUGUAUUUUGAGAGCAAAUCAACAGAAUUGUUUUAUGAGUAUGUGGAAAUAACAAAAAAAAGAAUGUGACUUGAUUAAACCCCCAAUGAUAAAUGUU